AUGGUGGAACCAGCGAAGGGAUCUAUGCAGGGUGGUGUUGGCGAUACUUAUGAUGAUGGUGACCACGAUGGUGAUAAAGAUGAUUGUGAGAAGAAGAAGAAGAAGAAGAAGAAGAAGGAGGAGGAGGAGGAGGAGGAGGAGGAGGAGGAGGUCGCUGAUUUUUCUCUUCUUUUAAUGGGUUCCUAGGGAGAUCCAAGCGAUUCACCAGUCAUCCGUUCAGCUUUUGUGAGGGUUUGAGUCCUAUGCGCCAUCAGAGGCGACGGCGGUCACAUGAGCUCGCUCAAUUCACCUCCCUCCCCUGUUUACAAAGUAACCCACAUUCCCACGCUCUCGCGGUCCAUUUUCCAUUCCAGCAUUUGCAUCGUUCUCACGACAGGUUUUCUGGUACCAUGAGCACCCUAUCUCCCUCCUGGCGUCGCGGCGCCCUCUCACGUUUAUUUGACGCCACGCCUCGCAAACCUCUUGAGCACUUUUAAAAAAUCAGUGGCACCCAGAAAAUCUGGUGAUUCACACUGGGCUGACGUGAACUUGGUGAGACUGACACUGAGGAACAGUCUGUUGUGCAUACACUGCUGUCUAAUCUGCCUUCUUCGGUGUAGUUCCCACCAGAAGUAGAAUCUCUGGCAGUCCGUCAAACCCCGGAGGCUUUAAUGAAGAAAAACCCGCGACCUCAACAACUGCGAGUGGAUAAGGGCUAAAAUCGCUUCCUCGAGCUUUUUGACAGUGUACAGGAAUGUCGAACGGAGGAAGCAAAGUUCGGUUUAUUUUAACGAGAGAAGUUUUGGCGACACUGACUCUAUCUACAUCCCGGCGGCUUGACUCAAGUAAACGAAAGUGAAGACCUAUAACCUCUGAUGUUAGUAGCGAUAGCAGUCGUGCGCUAUUUGAAAGCUGUGGACACCCUCUGCUCACUUCCGCCGACGUGCGCCUCCGAAAAGCCAGCAACUCCAUUCUGUCCUCAGGAGUCGGCCAGUGCCCAUGUAAAAAGCCUGUUCUUUGCCAGCGCCGGUGUGUGCACACGGUACUGGUAGUGUCUGCACUUACCAUAGUAGUCAUCACGACUUAUUCGUCGUGUCUGUGGAAAGAAGACGGAGGGGCGGUAUACGGCACAUGACCUAUCUCAUGAAAUCUGAUAACGGAAACUGAUGCAAGAGUUUCUGGAAGUGUUUAACACUGCGCAUGUUAUUCGCUUCCUUCCCUCAAGGAAAUGUCCUUUUCUUGUGCAGAAAUUGUGUUUUCGUAAUUAUAUCAAGUAAAUAUCGGUAAAUUUUAAAGAAAAUGGACUUUGGAAUAUAUCCGUGCAAUUUCCUAUGCUAGUACAUGUCCUAGACUACGGUUACGUAUCUGAGCGACUUUUUUCAUUGAAGGGAUAGUAAUUCACCUGCGAGAGUUUUAAUAAACAGAUUUUACCGGACUUUAAAAUUUAUUUUAUGUCCGAUACUAACCAAGGUAAUCAACUUCCUAACAAAAAGGAUAUUUUAAGAAAACCAGAUGUUUUAUCAAUUUCUAAAUGUCAAAUUAGCAGAUCUGUGCGAUUUGGUGCCCUACAGUGCAGCGAUAACGCAGAUAGGGAUUCCUUCGCUUAAGUGGGCUGAAGUUGUUUGCUGUUUGAAAAAUUCUACCUGAUGUCACAUAAACGACCACCACCGAACGGUCAUUUCCAGUUUUGAACAUAUGAAAAACUACUUGUCGUGUAAUUCGGCUUCUGUGCAUACCAUAUUCAGAAAUAAAACAAGCAAAGCAUUAAUAAUUUAAGCAAAAUAUCGGUACUUAUAUGUGCGCUCUGCCGUACAUUCAUAAUCGAAUAACAGAGUAUAAAAGCAAGUAAAAACGGUGAAAAUGGCCUCACUGUAUAGAGGAAAGCGUGUUCUUACGUUUAUGGUAGAAAAUAUUAGUAUUGUUUAGGAACGUGAAGGAAACGGCCAAAAGUGACAAAUUUUUACUUGGCCUCAUCGUGCAAAAAUGCAAGGUACACAGAGGUCCGUCAACGGAGUGUAGUAAUAAAGCACUUCUUAAAAAGUAACUUAUUUUUUUAAAAUUAUCUUAUUGUUCGAAGGCAUAUUCUUUACUGAAUUUCGCUGUGGAAAGCCAUUUUUCUCGAAAAUAAAGUUUGGUGUUUUAAUGAGUCUUCGCAUGCUGCCCAAACAGCCAUCUUCGUGAAAAGGAAUACUCGAGCAAUCACAAAUUCGGUAAAUGCCUUCAAGAAUAAUCAUAUUUUAAAGAUCUUAACAGACGGGUAAUUCAGAAUCUGUCUUUAUGGACGAUCGGGUGAAAAUACUGAAACUCAUGAAGUAUUCAGCAACAUUUCGAGGCCGAUCUGAAACUCAGCAUAUUCCAAAACAAAAGAGAAGUGUAAAUUAACUUAACGGAAGAAAAGUUCUCUCUAUAAACACAAAGUGGUAUGUUUACGAUCACGCUUGUCAGUUCUAUUUAAAUUUGUUAGGCACCGAUCGGCCUCACAGCAUGUUAUCUUAUGAAAACUUUUGUUCCUACGACGUCCCCAUCUGUGAAAUCAAGCAAAAUCCUGUUUCUCUUGUUGAACCCCAUCUCAUUUAACUCAAACCAGUCAAGGACAACACGAAUCCUUACAAAACUGUUUUGGAAUCUACACUCAGAAUGUAGGCAGUUGACAACCCGUUAUAUACGAAAUCACACUAAUUAUUAAAGGAUAUUUAGAGGUAAACAUCACUGAAACACUACUAUUAUAUGUUAAUUUAUUUCUACUUUCAUAUUUACUAUGUUUUUGGUAUGAGAAUACAUUAUAUACAUUUAAAAACUAAGUUUACUAAAUUAGAGCCAUUUUUGACGUUUUCGGGAUAUUGCGCUGUUCAAAAUAAAUCUACAUUUCUAAACAACUCAACAGUGCCUUGAAUAUUUCUUUUAUGUUUUUGAUUCUUCUGAACUUGUGCUUAAUUAACAUAGAUAUUGGACUCGUGAAAUGAUGUCGGUUUGCGAGUUACUGGCAAUCACUCGUAAAUUUCGACACAUUUCCUGAGUUAGGUAACGCACUGUAAGGACGAUGCUGAUGACCGGCGUUUUAUAGCGUACGCAGUGUGUCGAAGUCUUCGUAUUGGAUGAUGCGGCAUAUAGCGGAUAUCGAAUUAGAAGCUCGUUCGUAGCUUUCGACACUACCCCGCCACUACUGUUCCAGACAAGCUACAGUAGGUGGGCUAGCUCAUGAAAUGUCAAUCGAAAUUCCGAAAUGCGUCUUCGUUUCGAAAAGAUUAAUUAAGUAGGGUUUAAAACUAACCAUCAUUGAGCAUAAUUCUAUAAUAAUUCAGUUACCUCAGGACGCCGGCUUUCGGAUGACCCUAUUUUCAGCUACACGCAAAAACUAUACUCUGUGAAAAAUGAUUACUUAAGUAGCAUGCAUUCUUCUCAUUGAUUCUUGAUGCCCUUAAAAAUAUAAUUAUAUUCCAUGGAAAAUAUGCACAAAAAUAUUCAUUCUUUUGAUCGUUCGGUAGAUAAUUGCGUCUUCUUCUAAUUUUAUACUCGAAGAAAGGGUAUAAUUCGGCCUUUAAAAAGUUUCUAAUUGUGAGAUUUUUUGAUACCGUAAAAUGGCCGUUCAUAAAACGUCAUGUCUCUGCAUUUACCAAUGUGACUUGUAAAGUUAGCGAUAUGGCCAGGUCUACUGCCACCGUAGAGUAAUGCAUGGUUUUCCGUACGCGGAAAAUAUACAACUUGUAUUUCGGAAACCCUGAAUGCAAGUGUAAAGGCAGGUCGGGUUCAAAAUUAUUCGGGCAUUGGAAAAGUUCUUAAAAACCGAAUUAUACCCUUCCCUGCAGUAUAAAAUUGGAAAAAGAUGUAAUCUUCUACCGAGGGAGCAAGAGAAUGAAUAUUUUUAUGCAUGUUUUCCAUGAGAUAUAAUUGAAUUUUUAAGGGUAUCGAAAAUCAAUGAGAAAAUGCAUGCUAUUUAAGUAGCAAUUGUUCGCAGGGUAUAGUUUUUGCAUGCAGCCGGAAAGAAGUUCGUUCGAAAGCCGGCAUCUUGAGGUAGCUGAAUUACAAUAGAAUUAAACCGCAUGCUGAUUAGUUUAACAACGUAAUUUAAUCAAUCUUUUCGAAACGAAAAUGAAUUUCGUAAUUUCGGUUGACAUUUCACGAGUUAGCCCACAUACUGUACUUAGUUUUUGAAUAAUAAGAGAGGGGAGGGAAAUCGAUGGACCCCAAACUGGCGAAGCACAGCUUCCACAAGUCGUCCUUUUAGAGACCGUUCCCCACUGCCGAAUUUCUGUCCUGAUAUCCGAAGUUCAGUCGAAUACAGAAGUCAGCACUUUGAGCCUUUGUAAGAAGACGCCUUUUUUGCGUGAUCUCUGUUUUUAACCAUCAACUUCUAUUCCUGUUGAUUCGUCUUUUACACACCAUGUCCGGCCUUAUCGAAUGACCUAGACAACUACUCGAUAUGGGGCAUAUAUUCUUGACACCUGGAUGGAAUGUAAAUUGGCCGAUAUGUUUUAAUGCUCCAGUAGGCAAUUCAUGUAGCGGGUAAAACUGGACUUCAUUUUCAUGCAAACGCACACCUCCAUCCAAAGGACGUGCGGAAAUGGCUACUCAAACCCAUAUUAUUUUUCUGUACAUAUGUACACCUGGGAAGACAAAGUGUAAUCAGCUACCGGCUGACACCUGGGGAACACUCUCGAAGAUAAUCUUUCGGGUGUCCUGCAGAAAAAUCCAGCAAAAUACCUAUUUAAAGCCGGUCAGCAGAUCAUUUGGACACAUCCACUUUCGGCACUGCUCUGCCGAUCAAAGAUCCACCUUCUCCACCAGCACUUUCGUUUCUCAAUCACAUGUCAAUCACAUCCAAAAGUUGUGAUACGCCUCAUACUUGGCCUUAGGAACCUGAUAAGGUCAGAUUAGAGGUGCCCCGACAACACACUAGGCAUUUAAAAUAAAAGCUGAUAAAAAGUCUAGAGAAGGAGAAGGGGAGAAUGUUGGGCUAGGCAUGUAAGUUUCUGGCUCGACAAAACCUCGACAGGCAUCUUCUCUAGUUUUAGUCUUUUCUAAAAAAUGGUUAUCUGUGAGUCUGCACUGACAGACAACCUCAGAUUAUGUUAAGGGAGACAAGACUCUUCGGAAAAUCCGACAUUUACUUAUGAAUUGGCAAACUGUUAACAACAACCCGUUGUCGGCCGUAAUGAGUGGAAUGCGUGUGACUCGCAGUGUAGACCAAGGGAUGAGGGGAAUACAAUCGAGGUUUAGAUGUUUUGGGGGCGAAAGGGUGAAGGAGGUCUGCGAUCGCCGUUCCGGAAUGCGAGGUUAUAGGCAGCGGGUCAAGUCAAAGUGGGAAUUAGCGUUACCGAGUGCCUGCGAGUUGUUGGAGACUGAUGACAUAAACUUGUAGAUAUUAGUAAUGCUAAUACUGUUGUCCUCUGAAAUUCCAAAACGCUAUAAAAUCUUCAGUGUCUGGCAGACUUCGCGCCAUUUAAUUCGCGAACACCCUUUUUCGCCCCCCACUCCCCAUUUCAGUGUGAGAACACUGCUUCUGGAUCAUCAAAGAGCCCUUGUUCAUCAAAAGGGUUGCUUCUGGAGAACAGUAUCAUACAGCGAGAGCUUCUUUGCCAGAACUAAGCACCCCCCCCGUGUCCGUAACUAGCCCUAGGUUAAUCUAGCGCACUUUUCCUUUUCCGGGGUUAGAGUUUAUUCGAUAGUGCACGAGCCAUAUUCCUUCUCAGUCUGGGAAGUUUGGCAACUGGGCCGGCAACCGUAUUCUCCUUCUCGAGGCAAGAAUACAGCUGCAAGCUUUGGAGCUCGAAUUUCUCAAUCUUCUCUGUUGGGUUACCACAGAAAGUGAUCCGAAUUUUAAAAUGCACUUGCUCCCAUGUAUGUUGUGACAGCCAUCCCGUCCCAUGUGCAGUCAGUGCCCCUAAGCGCUAACCGCAAUAUUGGCUUUUUUUAUUGGUUCGCGCCGAGGCGGCCAAUUGAAAGUGAGAUAAUCAUUCACUCCUCCGGCAGCGCAUAUUUCUCUACGCUCAUUGGUCAAAGUCCCGACCAUCGCACCAAUGGCUUUGCUGGUUUUAUAAAACACACGCUAGUGCGCCCUGUUUCGCCCCCCUCCCCUCCUCGUCCGAUUUGCGUACGAAUGCUUGUGAGGAUACCUCGUAAGCGCAGGCGCGCGCUUUAAUCGCGUCUUCAUCUAGUAUCACAUCCGCACCCCGUUGCCCGCUUCUCUUCUGCGGAUGCGUCAGAACCGGCAGUGGCAAAAGUAGCGCCACUGCACAGUCGGCGGUGGGCACAAACGCACACAGACUUUGUGCUGAACUCAAAGACACAGUCUUUAUCACACGGAAGGCGUCCACAUAUACCGCUCUUCAAAGAGAACAACACUUCCAUUUGGACUGUCACCCAAACCCUCGGAUACAGAUUAUGCCAUUGGCUCCGGCAAAUUACCUCUAUUCAUUCUCUACAGUCGACUCGACAGCCGCUGCAGCCGCAGCGGUUAUGUGCAAUCCCUAUAAUCAACGCGGCUGCCUCCCUCAUGGAUCCACCAGAACAUCGGAGCUCGUACUGGGCUCUCAUCAGUACCAGCUUCAUCUUCAACAACAACAACAUUCGCAUCAAUACCAUCAGCCUUAUCAGCAGCAACAGCAGCCCCAACCCCACCAGGUACAUCAGUCCGCCGAACAGCAUCUGCCUCAGCCGACAGUCUAUAGGGCGCCUAGCUCAGGCGAAACCGCCACUUUCCGUUAUUAUUCGCCCCUGCUGCCUCUUUGCAGCCCCAACGCAGGACCGUCCGUUGCAAGGUCAGAAGCAGCCGCAGUGAAUAGCUUCCGGGCUCCACAUACUGGCGUCGCAGAUAAUCAUGAAAACGGCCAACACUAUAACCUUAUGUCUACCUAUACGGCUGCCCAGCAAGCUCAGGCCGCAAAACUCUAUCGUUACCUACAGGGCUGCCACAGUGGCGUUAGCGAAGUCGCCUAUGGAGGCGGACGUGGCAGACGCAACUCCCCCGACGGGGCUCCGAUGAGCAGCAGCGAACAGCUCGGUCAGGAGACUGAUUAUCGCCACUAUCAGCACGGUGCCCGUCCAAGUGCAGCUGUCCCCUUUCCAAAGACUGAAAGAAAGGAGACGCUCUACUACUGCCAGUGGCUCGAGCAAAUAGGCCGGGGACUGCAGGAUACACAGGGGAAACGGUGUUGUACGCGAGUCUUUCACUCCAUCGGUGAUAUUGUCAGUCAUCUAACACUGGAGCAUGUGGGUGGGCCUGAGCAGUUGAAUCAUACCUGCUACUGGCAGGGCUGUUCGAGACUGGGACGUCCCUUCAAGGCCAAGUACAAACUGGUUAACCAUAUUCGUGUGCAUACAGGAGAGAAGCCCUUUCCCUGUCCCUUUCCUGGCUGCUUGAAGGUCUUUGCGCGCAGUGAAAACCUCAAGAUUCACAAAAGGACGCACACAGGUAGGCCUUGCCCAUCUUGUCAUAGUUUCUUCACCCUAACUGUCUGACGCUUUCGUAACCCUCCCCAAGCCGGCGGAUGAACGAGUCGCCUUUCAUAUGACUAAAAUAUGCACAGAGAUGAGUUUGCGUGGAACCUUACUUAGUACCGUACAUGUAUGUUUCAAGCCACCUCAGCCACCGUGUUAAGUCCCACCAGCAGCCAACCGACAGACUCUAGCAGGUGAGGUCGAUCCCACCCGAAUCCAGCCCCUAAGUUGUUUACAAAGACCAGUCGAAUGGGCAUGGAAACUAUGCCGACACGAAAACAGUCGUGGUCUGUAGAGGCCUACCAAAUGAAGAAGCAAAUCAACCCCAUUUAGAAUCGAAGGUCGGAAUGUAAUUGCUCCUUCUUGGUAAGCCGUUCAUGACAGCUCCACCAAAGUGAGCUGAUAGACCUCCCCCGGACAUAGCCUGAAUCAGGCUGUGUGAGUGCACAUCUGGACGGGCCGUUCUGUUCUGUUAGCCACCGAACCCACACCCACCUUCGUCCGUCUUCAUUUUGCCAUCGGAGCGCGAUCGGUGCGGCGAGGCAGGCCAGACAGGUGCUCCGUAAGACUGUAUCACUAUAACCACGGCUGCACCUAGCACAUGAGGCGGUGUUGCAUCAUGUCCCUCGCGGCCAACAAACUUACAGUAGGUGGGCUAACUUAUGAAAUGUCAACCGAAAUUACGAAAUUCGUAAUGAUUAAUUAAGUAGGUUUGAAAAACUAACCGUCAUGCAGCAUAAUUCUAUAAUAAUUCAGUUACCUCAGAAUGCCGGCUUUUAAACGACCUCCUUUCUGGCCACAUGCAUAAACUAUACUUUGUAAAAAAUGGCUACUAAAAUAGCAUAAUUUUUUUCUCACUGAUUUUCGACGCCUAUAAAAAAAUCAAUUAUAUUUCACGGAAGAUAUCCAUAAAAGUAUUCAUUCAUUUACUCAUUUGAUAGAAAAUUACGUCUUCCUCCAAUUUCAUGCUUAAAGGAAGGGGUAUCAUUCGGUUUUCACAAACUUUUCCAAUUCUGGAAUAAUUUUGAACCCCGACCUGCCGUUACACUUGUAUUUGGGGUCUCCAAACUAAAAGCCGUAUAUUUUCUGCGUACGGAAAACCAUACAUUGUCUACUGUGUUAAAAGGAAACCAUGUGGAGUUCACAUAAUUUAGCAGUAGUUUUGGCCAUAAUGUUAACUUCACAAACCACAUUGGUAAAUGCAGGGACAUGAAGUUUUAUGAAGGGCCAUUUCACGGUAAUAAAAAACCUAACAAUUAGAAACUUUUUAACACCGCAGUAUACCCUUCCUUCGAGUAUAAAAUUGAGAGAAGACGUAAUUUCCUAUCCACUGAGCAAGAGAAUGAAUAUUUUUAUGCAUGUCUUCGUUGAAAUAUAAUUUCAUUUUUAAGGGCGUCGAAUAUCAAGGGGAAAAAUGAAUGGUAUUUAAAUAGUAUUUUUGUUACAGAGUGUAGUUUACGCAAGCGGCCAAAAAGAAGUACUUUCGAAAACCGGCAUCCUGAGGUAACUGAAUUAUUGCAGAAUAAUUCUGCAAGGCGAUUAGUUUUACAACCCUACCUAAUUAGUCUUCUUCAAUUGAAAACGCAUUUCAGAAUUUCGGUUGACAUUUCAUGCGUUAGCCCACCCACUGUAUGCAUAUAUGGCCACGUACAGUGGGACUUCCGCCCCUUAGACACCCUCGAGUUUGGAAUCCCUUAUAUUCUGGAAUAGGCAUGUGCAAAAUGGCAGGCUGCGCUAGGCUGUAUCGGAAAAAUGUCGCCUUUAUGGAAUGGCUGCUUCUCAACUGUUUGCAAGCACAGCAAGUUAAACUUAGAAUUUCGGAGGAAAUCUUUACCAGGAUUUGUUGCUUAAGCUAAAUGUGCAGUAAAAAAAUUUAGACACGGGUGUGCUUUAAACCGAAGCCAUAUAACAGAGCAAAUAAAACCACCUCCACGGACUCAUUUUCGGGGAAUUGUUGCCCGUUGGAAUGACCACGUCUGUCAUCGUCGGCCAACCGUGUUCAAAGACACGACAUUUUUCUCCCGGGGCCCAGUUGGAUGCCAUGUUAAACGCAGAAUUUAGCCACGGGCGUACACUUCUCACACUGAAAUCAGAAAUAUUCAAAGUCGCGUAUGAAUGACGGUCAUCGCUGUAGCUUGACUGUUAGACGGGAUGUGAUAUAUCCGCUCUGCAUAGUAACUGCUGUCAAAAAUCUUUAGGGGUAUUUGCCCUGUGAAAUAUAAUAACGUUUGCAAAGUCUCACUGAGUGAUUACUUUUAAUUUAUUGUAGCUCGUCAGGUCCAGACACCGCAAAAGAUAAGAACGCCAUUUAAUAUAACGCAUUAGGACUAUUUCUGCCAGCCUGAUUCGUUUUAGCAAAAUUUUCAAAAGGUAACUAUUGGUACUUACACCGCCCUCGAUAGGUACCGUCCUUGCCUCUGUUGACAGAUUGUUGGUAACGCCGACGGCUUUUUUAUUUAGGAAACUGGUGAAUUUGGGAACGAUAUCGUUUUUCAGUUUCAGCAGAUAUCCAUUUCCAUCAUUCAUGGGCAACUAUGACGGAAUGUAAUUGUUGCAUAUGGUUAAAUUAGAUGAAAAAGGCUUCUCUAGUUGCUCGCGAUGUUUCGAUUGGCAAGCCACAUUGUCCCUGUAUCCUCAAAUUAAUUUGUCACUCUAAUAAUCCGCAGUUAGCUGUUUAAAGGGUAUCAGAAAUCCUCAUUCCGUGUAGAGGUUACAGCAAAGAGUCUUCGUAAAGUGGGUUCUUAAAAAUACAACAUGAUUUCCACGUGCUUGGUACUCAGAGCGUGAAGCAGACUGUGUCAAACCCAAAAAGAUAAAACGCUCGACAGAAUUUUACAUAUUUUCUGUGUUUUCUUGCAUUCCGCCUGCUGUCCGUCCUGCAUUUUGCCCCACCCGUAAAACCUCAUCCGCCAAAAUUCCCGUACGACACGGUCCGCAGGCUAUCUCAAGGUAAAUGGGGUCCUACACCCUACCGUUGCCGAAUUCACUACUGGGUUAGAGAAACGGGUCUUAUAUCCUAUGCCCAGCCUACUGCAUUUAGCGCUGCCCUUCAAUGUGCAAGUCGGUUGCCAUGGCUAAUGUGGGCCCCUCAUCCCCAGCACUCGUCCGCUAGCGUCGAACUGUCGAUUGGAUACGAGAACCAGUACCCUUGUGUUACAGGUGGUCUUGUGUUAAAUCUCAGGGGAGUUUAGGAUCUACGUUAGGGGUUGGGGUUCGAGGCAGGGUUUGUGCUACAGUUGCGGUUGGGGCCAGGACUAAAAUAUGUGAAUAGUUAUCCCGCCUGAAAUUUAGCGUAAGGCCACCUGUAGCACGGGGCUUACUUAUGCUCGUGCCCCGGCUUAUUCUUUGAUUUCCAGUCCUUUAGACUGCUUCCUUGGAGGUCAAAACAUCAAACAGUUAGAUGUAGAUCUAAGAGGGUUUGUAAGCAAGACUCCCCUUUGGCACUGUUUUUUUUUUGGAAAAAGUGGGCACGGGUUGAAAAGCACUCGGUAUUCCAGACUACAAACGUGUUUGCUAUCCGACUGCUUUUGACCUCAGAUGGUCAUCUUAUCGAACUCUCCCGUCAGAGAACUCUUAUGAGAUAACUGAUGCCGGCCGUUGAUGGGGGAUCAGGUGGCACCUGCCUGUCCGCUGUUUUGCACACGUUGAGCUCGGAUGCGGGAGGAGCCCACACGCAUCUACACGCAAGCGGGCCUACACACACACACACACACACGCCAAAACUUACCCAAGGAGUGUAUUGUGUGAGUGUGUGGACACGUGUAAAAAGAUGCACACAAAAAGCAGGCGAAAGCCGAUGCGUGUUUUAAAACCCAACUGUGCGCGGCCAGGUCUGAAUAGUCUUUUUUUGAUCGUUGUGGAUUGGGAUACGGGCAUACAGGUAUGACGUGCGUUGAGCCCCGAUGCAGUGGCAUUUAGGAUCCCCCACGAGCUGCCGCCCUACCGACCUCUUUUCAUCUCCUCUUUCGAUGGGGUCCUGUUUCGACGUUCGGAUGGGAGAUCUGAGCGAUACAUGAUGUCUCCACAUUCAGCUCGCUAACCCACCCCUACUCUGGCCGCUACAUGCACGUCGCAUGACUAGCUGCCGGGGUCCCACGUGUUGUCAGCCCGCAUUCAAUAGGGACAGACCUGUUAGGGUAUACCACACACCUUGUUGCGGCUCGUUUUGAAACAUUAGACCCAAGAGAACAUCUUACUCGUCGUUUCGACGAGUUUUUGACUGAACGGCUCAUAUUCAGGCGUCACUUCCAUCUAGCUUUUUUUUCGCUAACAGGGACUGCCGGACCGAAUUGGUUGCCUACACCAACAGUAGUACGCCGCAUCGUGGAAUCCAGUUCUUUUAGUUUACUUUUGGUCUUCUGCAUAACCACAACUCUUAAGAUUGCUGCUCUUGGUUUCACAACGACCGCCAUUGCAGCCGCUGUCUGGAAAGUGUUCACUAACAUCGUAUGCGAUCCCGACGUAUAGCAGUGUUUUGUCCUCAUUGAUUGGUCCCUAGAAUGCGGGCGUCUGACAUAUACCCGAUAUGUCCGAUUCACGUAAACCUCAAUUAAAACGACGGUACUCGAUAUAUAAAUUUAUCGUAGGAUGAUACGAUGCAAAAUUCGCUAUUGCCAUUUUAUCCCGUGACUUCCUGAAGAAAUAUCGGUGGGCCUCUCUGAACUUUCGCAUUUGCCGUCGAUAGACAUCCCCCCCCAUGUUCCCACCAUACCACCAUACAUAUCAUACGCUGGUUUACUCGUUUUUUUGACCACCUUCGGGUACGACGACACAUAGUGCCGGGAAUAAACUUUACCCACGCAGCACUGUCUCCGAUUCGCUCCUUUAAUGUCCGCUCACCUUGAGCGCAAGGCUACAUGUAAUACGGGGUAGGUAACUAUUCCCGUGUUCUGCCGCAAAAACAUUUCAAUCAGAACGACUGUUUUGUCUAUGUGUCCCUCUAAUCGGUACCUGCUUUAGACCGUGAUUUCGGAAGUAAGGACAUUUAAAAGACAAAACGACUUCUUCGAGUCCGCUGCCGUGGCAAAAAACAAGCUGGUAACUCAAAUGAGUCUUGUUUUUGUCGAGUAGAUAGUGCCUGUCGGUGGCAGCGUCUGCGGACAUGCGCACACAAAGGGCGGUGGUUUUGAAAUCAAAGGGAUUUAAAACUCUUAAGUCGGAUGACGGCAUCAACACCUCUCUGUGGAACCUCAAGAAUAAGUGAAUAAAACCAAGGCCAAAGUGAAUAAGCCUGGCAAAGUUGCGAAAUGGGAGUUUUUGUGAAAAUUAUUGCUUUUCACCCGAACCAAAAAAGUGUAGUCCGGCUAGAGACGCUUUUCGCUACCUGCCCUCCUCCCUCUUCCUUCUCACAAGAAAAAGUCCACCUAGGAUUAGACAUUGGAGACAAACAGACACACAAGAGAGCCCUUUAAAGCAUUAACGGAUAACACGAAAUCAACCAAACUCUAAGUCUAACACUUAUACUUAAAGUUAACUAGAGAGAUUAUUGGUAAUGUUUAGUGGUACGAACACAAGUAUCCCUAACCGCCAUUUGCCCACUAGUAAGGGGUGCAGCCAAAUUCGUAUGAACCAUGCGCCAUUAACGCCGACUGCCGAUUUUAAGACCACCUCCACAUAACCAGCGUCCAUAUUUGUUGCAACAUUAAAGCCCCUGUUGAAAUUUUCCAGAUAUUAUAAGAGUUGUAAUACGAGAAUCUUUUUGCAGUUUUAAUGCUGCCCAUCUUUUUACGGAAGGUCUGACAGAACCCACUCUUUUAAUCCGCGGAAUAGGAGUCCACUUGUAGAUAAACCAAAGCGAACUGCAGGAUAACUUGCUUUCAUCUCCGAUCUUGCACCCAGAACGGUCCACUCGAAACGAUAGUUUACCGAAAACAAAUUUUCAGAAACCUGUAGCCAUCUUUAAACAGAAAGAGGAAUUCCUACUUCUAACUUUCAUGGAAACUGGACAGUUAUGCUCCAAGUGCAAGGAUAUGAGAGAUGAGAAGCAACUGACUGGGAUAAAAUAUCAAAAUAAUGGAUAUCCAAAUGAAGUAAUUUGCAAUGGUGAAAAGAACCGUCAGACAAUGCUUCGUCCCGACCUCAGUACCCUUCACGUCCACGCCAGUCGCGCGGUACGACAAGCUAUAGAUUUGGUUGCUAUAAGAACGAGAUUUAGUGCCUUUAACAUUACCUUAAGUAAACUCAAGAGGCGUACCAACAGCCUUCGCGUCGAACACGGUAUAGAUUUUCGAUCGAACUCUUUUCGCCUCGCAGACACUACCAUUAAUUGCGAGGACGAUCAAUCUGAGUUGACGGAAUAUUUGCCAAUUUGUUUUUUUUCUCGGCAAUCUAAACUAAGACAUUUGUUUGCAAAUUCUGCGUCGCGGGGCUGUCUAGACAAGUACAGGCUAAAAAAUGAGGUGUAAAAUCCCACUGAUCGCUCGCCUUCGCCGCCAGUCAGGCUUAAACGAUUGGCGUUGCGAGAUCCCUAAGAGCGCAUGACCAUUGAAGAGGUUGAAGGUUGCGGGCUACCUCAACACUGCUUAGUCAGACGACCAAUGGGAUUUUAUGAGUGUGGUUGCUGAGUUUGGCCCGACAUCAAGAGGCCGGAGUUGACGACUGGUGCGGCAGAUGAGUGAAGCUCAGCUGCCUGUGAGGUGGAAUUUGGGCCGAAUUUUCCCCCUAGAGGGGACCACUCGGUAGCUGGGCUGGAUCGACACGAGAGCUAGGACGGAAUCCGGCCGGCGUUAUUGGGAAUGCACACCAUAACAAAUACCAACACUGGGGCUGCGGUGACACGCCUUGGUGCAGGCUUACGCGCGUCAACCGAGAUCCAAAUCUUCCCUUUAUAAGAAAUUUAUUGACCCGACGUUUCGUAUUCCCACUAGAAUCCAUCAUCAGAGACAGUCGCAGAUAAAGUUGAUGGUGGCACACGCGGUGGGACCCACGGCAGCCACGUGCUAUAAAUACUGCACUCCUUGUGCCAGCAUUACCCUUAUCUGCGACCGCCUCUGAUGAUGGAUUCGAGUGAGAAUCCGAAAAGUCAAGCCAAUAAAUUUCUUGUUCCAGUGAUCGUAUCUUUGUCUUCUGAACUGCUAUCUGGAACUCGCCUGGUCGCUUCUAUCAGCAAUCUUCUCUUUAUCUUGUUUUAUGAAAUCCGGGUCAGCGUACGUUUUGGACUAGGGAGUGUGGUAGUAGGCCUAAGAGCGGGUUGCCGCCGCAUCAGUCACAUGCGCCCUCUACCGCCUCCGGUCCUCUCGACUAGGUCAUGGCACCGGAUCCAGGCGGUGGAGGAGGAGAGAGUGCGAUAGAUACUACUCAAGUCUGCCAUCACUUGAAAAGAAAUCAUGAGCAAGUCGCCGCCCCUGCUCUCACCCUGCUGUGCAACACAUAGUUGGUAACGACGAUCGAACUCUUAUUUGAGCCGAAAGUUAUUCAAUUCGAAGAGUUGCACUUCCGUAAUCAAACACUACGGGAAACAAUUCUUCCGUAACUUCAGAUCAGAACCAACAGUACAUAGACAGUAGUGACAUGUGGGUGAGGAGUGUUCUAACGAUAUCAACCUCGUCUGUUCUCUCUCUCUCUCUCUCUCUCUCUCUCUCUCUCUCUCUUUCUCCCUGUACUGUCAGUCGCAAUGAGUUCUGAUGAAGAGAUUAAGUCCGUUCGACUGCAUAUGCUAUUCGACAUACUGCCCGGGCAUAUUUGUCAACCUACUACUACUACUACUACUACUACUACUACUACUACUACUACUACUACUACUACUACUACUACUACUACUACUACUACUACUACUACUACUACUACUACUACUACUACUACUACUACUACUACUACUACUACUACUACUACUAUUACUACUACUACUACUACUACUACUACUACUACUACUACUACUACUAUUACUACUACUACUACUACUACUACUACUACUACUACUACUACUACUACUACGACUACUACUACUAA